GAACCAAGAGCAGCCCUUGAACCGAAUUCCUAAUUCCCAAAUUUAAUAUGAUAUAGCUCGCGGUUUUUCAUCUUCACUCUUUUCUUUCGUGCGUGCGACGAUGUUGAAGCCCUAGCUCGCGAUCGGAGCGAACCACCGAGCUUCUGUCUUAGAAGCACACCGGCCUUUAGGCCCGUCCGCGCGCAUCUUGCUUGCUCUUUUCCUCACGCGAAGACCCAUUCCAGUCGAACCUUCUUCGGUUCAGUAGCAGCGCCUGUUGCAAUGGCAGCACUUCGAGCAUUUUGGAAUAGCCCGGUGGGCCCUAAAACGACACAUUUCUGGGGACCUGUUGCCAACUGGGGUUUUGUUACUGCUGGUUUGGUUGAUACCCAGAAGCCACCAGAAAUGAUAUCUGGUAACAUGACGGCAGCUAUGUGUGUUUAUUCGGGACUCUUCAUGAGGUUUGCUUGGAUGGUUCGUCCACGAAACUACUUGCUCCUAGCAUGCCAUGUUUCUAAUGAGGCAGUUCAGCUCUAUCAACUGUCUCGUUGGGCAAAGGCUCAAGGGUACCUGGAAAACAAAGAGCCAGAAGCACAAAAGUAGCUGUGGCCUGUGGGCGAUCUCCUUCUGUCACCGUUUGAUGUAAGGAAUAAAUAUAAAUUUCUUCCUUUAUUUGCUCCCUCCCAUUCGAUGCGUGUUCAUGUGAAUCUUUGCUUUCGAAUUCAUAAUUUGAUACCGUUACGUUUGAGUUCAAAUGGUGGCUUUGAGCAAGCAAUUUCUUAAA